AUGGCUCCUAGCAGAUACGAUCUUGGAGCGAAUGAGCUCGCCUCCAUGCUAAGUGGAAGCACUCUUCCUAUUCCCAACUUGAAGCUGCCCCUUGCCAACUUCCCUAAGGGGGUCAACAAGUAUUCGGAUGAGAUUAGGCGAUGGGUAGACAGGCUUAUCGACGAAAACAUUCAAGAUAGAAGAAAAUCCGCUGGUGUCAAGCGUUGUGAUUUUGGAUAUCUCGCAGCUUGCUGUUAUCCUUAUUCAGAAUGGGAGGAGCUAAAGGCCGCAGCAGCAUUUCUGGUCUGGGUAUUCACAUGGGACGAUAUUAUUGACCAUGGAGAAGAUGACAGCGGCAUCAUUUCAAAUGCAGACCUAGCUCGAAUAUUUUGCGAACAAUCACUGGAUCAUAUCAAGUCCAAACUCGAACUGGAUGAUUGUUAUCAAGGAAGAGCCUUGGCUCAACCUUUACCCAGCAUGACCAUGUUUGACCAUGUGGCUGAACCCUUAACAGCGACAUGGAACCAGACACAAACACAGCGUUUAUAUAAUGAAAUUGAACAUUAUGUAAACUGCUGUUUGGUUGAGCAUAUCCAACAAGAGGAUGAUUCCAUUCCUUCACAAGAAGAAUUUACAAAGAUGCGCUUUGGGACAUCUGGUAUCACUCCAGGUAUUGCUAUAUGCGAAUUCACUAGGAAUGUGUCAUUGCCGAAUGAAAUCGUUGAAUCAGCUCCCAUGAAAACAAUCUGGAGAGAAAUCACCCGGCUUUGCAUGAUGAUCAACGAUAUCUACUCCUGCCAAAAAGAACUGCGAAGCGGUGUCAUCCAAAACAUAAUUCCUGUUAUAGCCUACGCUAGUGGAACAGACGACAUCAGCACAGCUACACAAGAAUUUAUGCACAUCUUUCAGACUUCGGUAACCACCUUCGAGGAGGCUUUCCAAGUUCUCAAAGCACUGGCAUAUCCUGAUCCGAAUCUAUCAGAAGAUAUCCAGAAAUAUAUACAGAACUGUCAGACUAUCACAACAGGGUUGCUGGAAUGGAUGCUGUCAUCAGAGCGAUAUGGUAUCACCAAACAUCUACAGGCUGAUGGUUCAGCACUGGUCCCUCUCAUUUUUGAAAAUCCUUGCAGUCAAAAAUUGGCUGCAGUUGAGGCUUAA